AAGUCAACUGAGAAUCAGAGUGCAUAACAACAGCAACGAUGUAAUCCACCUUAGGUAUACUAUAAAUCUGUGUAACAAACAAGCUGCCCAUUUCAGUUCAACGUCAAUUCUUCCAACGCCAACACCUCCGGGAAUUAAAACUGCCAAAAUAAGUGAAAAGUGCAUAUUUCAACAACGUAAAAUGACAUCCUCGAGACGCGUUUUCGUAACGCUUAAUUUCGUUGUGUGCAUAACUUUCGUUCAAGCUGUCACUAAUGUAGAUCCGUCAUCACGCGAACUCGAUCAAUUCCAUUAUUGCAUGCGUCAGUCGCAGCAUCCGAGUCUGCGCGAGUGCAUCGGCCGCACAGCCCUCAAUUUCCUGCAACGCUUCGAUGAACAGGAUAAUUACACAUUCUUCAGGGAUUUAGUUUCUACGAAGAAUGAUAAAAUUUCAGCGCGCUCUUUGGUAAAUUUUUUGGACACGGACCCUGUGGAUUUUAGAGGAAUAUUGGAAAAUGCUGGUGCUGUAAUGGGCCAACGUGGACUUGAAUGGCACAUGGAUGCAAUAUAUCCGGGACUAAUGUUCAAGAUUGGACCCACUGCCGAUACAAAUAGUGUGGCGCAGUUUGUGCUCGAUCCAUCUGCUGUUGAGCGAAACUUUGGCUAUGAAGAGCCAUCAACAGCCCGCCUCUUAGCAAAACAAUACUUAUUGCCAUUUUUGCUUGGCUUUAAAUUCAACUUGGUCGCACUGGUGCCACUUGUGUUCGCCGGUAUUUGCUUGCUGCUGAAGAAGUCGCUUUUCUUGGCUAAGUUCGCCAUUUAUCUAAGCAGCUUUUUAGGCGUUGGUGGAGCUUUAACUGCGCUAAGUGCUGGUGCUGGUGCAGGUGGAUUUGGUGGCUUUGGACUCUUCGGCGGAGGCGGCGGUGGUCUUCCACUGGGACCUCCACCCUUCAAGUCUCACGCGCAUGCAAUUGGUGGUGGCGAUGGGUACUUACCCGGCAAUGUAGGUAUUUUUAAUCAACACUAUGAAAACGAUGAACUUCAUCACCAUCCACCAUACAAACGCAACGAUCGUAAAAUAAACUUCGAGAAGCCACGUGAGUAUGCAUCACGUACAACAGUAACAUCAACAACGCCCGCUCCUGACCGAUUUUACGACUAUGAGAAGCAAAUGGCCAUGAUACAUAACAGAAGCGGAAAGUUAAGGUCAACAUACGGGAAACUCGGUCCUAGUGCUUAUGAUGACGACGAAGGUGAGGUAAAAAUUACUGAUUUCAAGACAACCAAUCAGGAUCACAAUGGUUGGAAAGUCGUUGAUUUGAGGCUGUGAACGGAUAAGACGUCUUCAUUCACUUUUUAAUUAAGUAAAUUAUUUUAUACAGAUGUACAUACUUUAUAUGUAAAUAGUUAAGGCAUACGUAUAUUUUUAAGUAAUUAAACAGAAAAGUUUUUAAACAUGCUUAGUCAUUUCAAGUAAUAUCAAAUGAAAGGUUUUCAGAAUAAAUCAGAAUGUUUCGAACACAUCAAAUCGUGUCAACAGACUUACGGAAAGAAAACAUUCUUUGACUUAGGAAUAUACUGUUUUUUGGAUGGCCUACUUUAUAUUGAAGUACAUCCAGUCCGAAAAUCGGAAUGCAUACACUGUGAAGUUGUGAAUCUGAGAAAAGGCCACCUUUCCCACUUUCUUUGGAGCAGAUUCGUCAGUUGAAGUGAAUCCUUUUUCUAAAUACUUAUCGGACCGACCGUGCAAUAACUCGGGCUUGGUAGUAACUUUGAAUUUUUUUCGCAUUUUGGAAUAUUGUUGGAGCCAGUAAUAUACUGUCUAAUACUGACGAACCAAUUUUUCAAUACAACUCCUUUUUAAUCCAC